AUAGAAAAGGACCAAAUGGCAAAGAAAUGUUAUCGUAGACACGCCCGACACGAGUAACGCCAAAAGCAUUCAUUUCCGAUCUUGACCUUAUCGAAACCACCCAGAUUCAUCAAAAUUCCCUUUCCCCUCAUCAAAAUCGAAACCCCCAAAUCCACAAAACCUCAAAUAUCCCUAAUCUUCAAUCACAGAGCACCUCCGAUCCGCCGAUGAAACGCCCCCUCCCCGACGGCGAAGACAACCACCCCGCCGCCGCCGGAUGCGCGGAUCCCGGCGCUGCAGGCUGCGAAAAUGACGCGAAGAAGAUGAAGCAAGAGGAGGAAGGUAAAGGAGACGAGGCGGCGGAGGAGGAGAUAUCGAAGGAGGCGGAGGCGGUGCUGCUCGACGAGAAUCUCCUGUACGAGGUCCUCCGCCACGUCGACGACGGCCGAACCCUAGCCAAGGCGGCGUGCGUCAGCCGCCAGUGGAAGCGGACCGCCCACGACGAGCGGCUGUGGGAGCUGAUCUGCACCAGGCACUACCACCGCAGCCCGAUGCAGCUCCGCGCCGUCGUUCUGGCCCUCGGCGGAUUCCGGCGGCUCUACUCGAGCCACCUGUGGCCGCUGCUGAAGCCGUCUCCCUCUUCCGCUUCUUCUUCUUCGGCAGCGCCGCCGGCAGUUUCCGCCUGGCCUUGCCUUCCUCCGGCGGCGGCGCCGGCGGUAGGUUCGGCGAGGUCGAAGGCAAGGUGGGGAAAAGAUGAGGUGAAUCUCUCACUCUCUCUACUCUCGAUUAAGUACUUUGAGAAGAUGAGUUUCAAUAAUCGAAGCAAGUAAGGAAUUAAUUAAAUUAAAUUAAAUUAAUUUUCGUCGAUCUGUAACCUGUUUGUGAUUUUCUGAAACCAGAGUAACUUCUUUUUUUUUUUUUUUUUUUUUUUUUUUUUUUUUUUUUUUAAUUUGAUUUUAUUUAAUAUUUUCUCCGAACUCUGAAUUGUAAUAUAAUGGCUUGUUGGAUUCCAAACAUAUGUAUAAUUAUUGUAUUGGAUAAAUCUACCUAGGUUUUCUUCAAAUUCUGUUUCUGGCAUUUAUAAUAAUUUUUUUAAUAAAUAAUGAAGAACAUAUGCUUGCACCUUGUGCUUGAAUAUUUUUUCUA